GCGGUGGCGGUGGCGGUGGCGGACACGGCCGCCAUGACCCACCUGCUCGCCGUGACCAUGCCGAUGGUGACGAUGACGUCGAGAUGGCGGAUGGCGAUGCAGUCCAGCAAACACCGCGCGCUGCGGCGCGCCACAACACGCACGCAGCUGCACCGCCGGGCAUGAUGAACGUCACCACGGAUGCGCCGCCUCCUCCUCCUGGCGCGAGCAUGCCGACAUUCGGGCGUUUGACUCCAAUGCGCCGCCCACACGAGUCGCUCGCCCUGGCUGGAGAGGAUGUGCCUGAGCGCGAGCGCACACGCCGCGCGAUGCCAAGCACCACCACAGGUACCCCGUCCCCCCCGGCUGGUCGCCCGUUGCCAGCGUUCCUCAAGCUCGGCCAGCCCGGUGGUCCGAGCAGCACGACGGAGAUGAACGCUGCCAUGGCUCGCUCGGCCACGACCGGCGGUCGCUCGACGCCGACGAGGGCGGGAUGGUAGACGAGUGGGGCUCCCACGUGCCUAUGAGUGCCUACGGGCAGUAGUUGUCAUGAUUGUUUAGCAUGGUCUUGUCAUGUAGCCUGUGACUGGUGA